AGAGGAGCUGGGCAUGUACAAACAUAUCCUGCCCUUCUCCACAUUUAAGCGAUCAGCCAGUUUAGGAGUGUGUACAAAGACUAGGCUACUCUGGGAAGCCGUAUUAUAUUAGGGUUGUUGAUUUUCUGUUGUUAUCCUCUGGUAAAUGAUUUGAACUCCUAGCUCACAGGGAAACUUUUAUUUUUCUUCAAUAGUGGAUUAACGAAGGUUGACAACAUCUGGAACAUCCAGCGCACAUUUCUCCUUGUUAUGGAAGGACUACACACUAGGCGACCGCUUUCAUAAUUUCAUUUAUUAACAAGCGGUUUAUUCAUAGACUACUUCUUUGCAGUUAUGUCCCUUCCGGCCAAAGUGAUCAGAGAUGGACUUUUGGAGAAGCGCAGCAGCGGUCUGCUCCAGCUGUGGAAGAAGAAGCGCUGUGUGCUCACGGAGGACGGCUUGCGCCUGCACAAGUGUAGGAGCGCCGGCAGCGGCAGCGACGCGCAGACCGCUGCGUUCGGCUCCAAGGCUAAAGAGCUGCGCUUCGAGCGCAUGGCCACCGUGGACUGCGUGGAGUACAAACGCGGGCUGGUGUACUUCACGGUCGUCAUGGCCCCCGGAAAGGAGAUUGACUUCAGGUGCCCCCAGGAGGGGACCUCUUGGAACGCGGAGAUAGCGUUGGCGCUGGUGCGAUACAAGAACCUCCAGGCAGUGCAGACCGGGAAGAACCGCCACCUGUCCUCCUCCUCGUCCCACAUAGGGGAUGGCGAGGAGCUGUGAGGGGUCAGAAGGGGGAGAACCUGAAGAGCGAACACAGACGUUUUCUGGGAGAAGACCCAUGGACAGGAGGCAUGGAUUCGAGGCCCCAUGAUGCCGGAUGAUUCCACUCGCCGUUUCAUUCGAUUCCUGAGCUUGGAUGAUGACAUAAUGAUGAAGAUGUACACACACACACACACACACUCCCUUACAAGGAAUGUUUGCUGAUUCCCAGAACAUUGGUCUUCAGGGCCAGCAGGCUGAAGCCAAAUGGGCAGUUUGGUUGAAAUGAAGUGCUUCCGUUGUUGUCUUGUUUUUUCCAAGACUCAGUGUGUGAAGAUUUGACCCAGACACUGCCCACCUACGAUAGACUGGGAGCGAGGGAGUGAUCCGUCUCGGAGCUGGGCUGCUGUAUUCUACCAGUGCGUGGAUGUCCCUGAAGAGAUAGUUAUUUCUUAACAGGAACACUCUUAAUUCAUUUGGAGCGUUCAUUCUUAAAUGAAAUGGUUGUACUGUUUGCCACCAUACGAUAUGUAUUUAUGCACAGACGUUACGCUGAGGCUUUUAAUGGGUAUGCAUGCCACAAUAUUAGUAUUCACCUCGUAUCCAACAUUUGAUAAAAAAAAAUACACAAACCAGUAUUAUAUUCUAAUAAAAAUAUAUAUUAUGAAAGCGUCACUUUUUCAGGCCUGGUUUCGAUUGUUCUCGGGGUGGAGUCAAUAAACACAGAGUAAACAUAAAGACACAGAGAGAGAUGAGCAAAAUAGGACGGAGAGAGGAGAGAGCAGUUCACAAACCACUACAACGGCUCAGGUCUCGUUCAGCCUCCGACAAUGAGCGACUGUGGCGUCAGGCAGUAAGAGAAAAUGGCGGGCCUCAUCUGGUUCCAAUUAUGGUUGUAACCUUGUUAUUAUGACUGCUGGAGGAUAGGCAGAGUAAACACCGUGGACGGGGUGCUGUGCUGGAGUCAGGAUGGCUGCUGGUGCUUUCUGAUCUUCUCGGGGACUGUUUGGGGCUCUUAAUGAAAAGCACCACGGGGCCCCAGGCAUAAACACCCACCCACGUGCACGAGGUCAGCCC